AUGCGGCUCACAUACGUGUUGCUCUUAGCUUCCGGUGCCUUUUUACUCGACAUCAGCAAUGCCCUGCUUUCAUAUGAGGACCCUAACAAGAUUGUCAGCUUGAAGCAUGUUCACUAUUCCGCCGAAGCCCAGCAAGUUGAGGGGAGAUCUCUCCGUACACGCGAAGACGAAGACAUAAACACCGACCAAGCUGAAGAAGACAGGGGUCUGUUGGACAUGUUUUCGUCCAGCGUCAGCAAGGCCGCUUCCAAGAAGUAUCUGCGAAAUUCAGAGUUGUACGACAAGAUGCGCCAUGACAACAGCAAGUAUUUUGAAACACUUGCCGCUUGGAAGGCAGAGAAGUAUUCGGUUGGCAAAGUUGAGCGUGCCAUGAAGAAGCUUGGUAGAGAUUCGGACGAGAUCACAUACAUCACAAACGGGUACAAGGCUUUCCUCGAGAAUGGCAAUAUACGGUUGCAAUAG